AUGGAAGCCAUAGGCCUUGUCGCCAGCAUAAUCACCCUCGUCAGCGCAGCCAGCCAUGCCGCCUCGAUCCUGGAGCGAGUAUUAGGCUUGCGCGGCAUCUCUCUCUACGUACUUGGAGCUAUCAACGAAGUCACCGACUUUAAGGCUACUCUCGUUUUGUUACAGACGACAUUAGAGGAAACCCAGCACCAACUUCCGCUAGACCAUCGGGUCGAAUACGACAGACUGUUGGAUCGAUCGAUGGGCUGUAUAAACGCCUUCACAAAGCACCUACGGAAGAAUGUGCUACGUGAGCGAGAAAAAGCGGCCUGUGCUGAUAAGGCCAUGGAGUUGAAGAGACCAGGAGCUGGCUUCGUUGAAAAUGAGCUUCGUAUUAGCGAUGAGUGCGACAAACUUGCCGGUUUCGCCAGAGAACUCUGGAUCAGCUACUGUCACUGGGCCAAGUAG